CGUUAAACUAUUUGGCACAUGACGUGUCAACAAAGUCAUACUAAACGUUCAACACUUCACCGAAGCGAUUCAUUUCCGACCAACAAAAAGUCCGCCUCGUUUAACACUCCAGACACGUGACACUCCUCUCUUCACCGCCGGCGACACCGCAUUGCUGAAUUCUCCCAACCGCCGGGCACUAACCUCGUCCCGACCAUCUCCCAAUCUCGUGCUAUGAGCGCCAUAGCUCAGCUAAUUGCAGUAGGGAAGCCUAGCCCUAGCUUGACUCCAUCUUCGACGCCUUCUUCCGCGACGAAGCUCCGAUUCGGGUCCUUUCUCUCAGUCGGACCUGCCCGCGGUUCCAGAGCUUUGGAUGUGGAUCGCCCUAUUUUCUGCAAUGGACUGCGUCCUGGGCUCCGACCCGGCCCUGUUUGCAGGAAGAGUCUGGGGAAGAGGUCUCUGUUUUCAUGUGCUGCUUCUACUGAUGAACCGGAGCCUGUAGAAAUUAAUGUUGAAGUGGAAAAGGGCAGCCUUAAAACAGAUGAAGAGAAAACACAAGAUGUCUGGGAAAGGAGCUUAGGUUAUAUAAGAGAACAAGCCAUAAAAAUGCGGAAUCUAUCACCAGAAGCAUAUGAUGAAUAUUCCAAGAAGGCCAUCAGCAUUUUGAAAGAAACUUCAGAAAAAAUAGAGGCUCAAUCCAAGAAAGCAAGAAGUGAUUUGAGCAUGAUUGCAAAGGAAAUAAGCAAGGAAAGUAAAGAAUAUUUUGCUAAAGCUUCUGAAAAUUCUCCUGAACCUGUAAAGGAUAUUGUUGAAACAUUUGCUUCAUCAACUAAUGAACUGAAUGAUGCCUCGAAAAUUCGUGACUUUCACCUUGGAAUACCAUAUGGUGCUCUUCUUUCUGUCACCGGGUUUUUGUACUUCAUGCUGACAGGAAGCAUCAAUGCCAUCCGGUUUGGGGUUAUACUUGGUGGUACACUUUUGGCCUUGAGUAUCUCAAAUCUAAGAUGUUGGAGAAAGGGAGAAUCAACUUCUCUCGCUUUAAGAGGAGAGACAGCAAUAGCUACAAUUUUGUUUCUAAGAGAACUGCGCCUACUGUUUCAGAGUGGAUUCUAUGUCAACUUUUUUACAACCUUAAUCAGUGGCUGCAUGGCAGCAUUCUUUGCAAGCAGGAUGUUGAUAAGCGAUGACGAGCAAAUCAAGGGCGCAGAAAAUUGAUGGUUAUGAAAGGGCCAGCUCAGCAGUGUUCAUUGCAAUGACAUAUCGAAAUCAUUCUUCGUGAGAAACCAUCUUUUAGAUCACAUGCCAUCAUUCUUUGUAUUAAACCAUAAAAUGAUGUAAUGAUUUAAGAACUGUAAUAAGUUUCCCUGCCCGCAUUGGGAGGAAUACCCUUCCAUGUCAUUAAUUCCUGUUUAUGUUGUGCCCAAGCAGAGUUUCAUCAUGCAUGCAUUGGCAUUUAGCAAUGGUGUGUUUCCAAAAACUCCUACGAUUAAGUUGCCGCGUUUCAUCUAGGAAUGUCUCUCCAUAUUACAUUCUCAUUUUCAUAAAUGCAAAAUUAUUAAGAAGAAAAC